CAGGUCACACCUGCAAAAUAUUUAGGUCUUCUUUUUUAAACUAAAACCAUUAAGUUUUCUCUGUACUUUUCUCUGCAACUCUCGCCGGAAAUCGUUUUCUACAUUCUCAAAAGGUUGUUAUUCAUGGACACUAGGAUUGGGUCGCUUGACGUCUGCAGGCCUGCUAACAACGACCUUGGCUGCCCGCCAAACGGCGUUGUAUCGGCCAUCCAGGGCACUGUCUCUCCUACCGUCAUCAACUCCUCCGAGGCUACUCUUGGCCGCCACCUGGCCCGCCGCCUCGUCCAAAUCGGCGUCACAGAUGUCUUCUCUGUUCCCGGGGACUUUAACCUGACUCUGCUUGACCACUUGAUUGCUGAGCCGGAGCUUAACCUCAUCGGCUGCUGUAACGAGCUGAAUGCCGGAUACGCUGCCGACGGUUAUGCGCGAUCACGUGGGGUUGGGGCUUGUGUUGUCACUUUCUCGGUCGGUGGGCUUAGUGUGGUGAAUGCGAUCGCCGGCGCUUACAGUGAGAAUCUGCCUCUAAUUUGCAUUGUAGGUGGACCGAACAGCAACGACUAUGGGACUAAUAGGAUCCUUCACCACACUAUUGGGUUGCCUGAUUUCACCCAGGAGCUGAGGUGUUUCCAGACCGUCACAUGCUAUCAGGCCGUGGUGAAUAACUUGGAGGAUGCUCAUGAAUUGAUCGACACUGCUAUAUCAACUGCCCUGAAAGAAAGCAAGCCUGUUUAUAUCAGCAUUGGCUGUAAUUUGGCAGCGAUUCCUCACCCUACUUUCAGCCGUGAACCGGUUCCAUUUUCACUCUCUCCCAAAUUGAGUAAUAAGUUGGGACUGGAGGCGGCAGUGGAGGCAGCGGCAGAGUUCUUGAACAAGGCGGUGAAACCCGUGCUUGUUGGUGGUCCAAAGCUGCGAGUUGCGCAGGCAUGUGGUUCCUUUGUUGAGCUUGCUGAUGCUUGUGGGUAUGCCUUUGCGGUAAUGCCAUCGGGAAAAGGGUUGGUCCCCGAGCACCAUCCCCACUUCAUUGGAACCUAUUGGGGUGCCGUUAGCACUUCAUUCUGUGCUGAAAUCGUUGAAUCUGCUGAUGCUUACUUGUUUGCUGGACCAAUUUUCAACGAUUAUAGCUCUGUUGGCUACUCUCUGCUUCUCAAGAAAGAGAAAGCAAUCAUCGUGCAGCCUGAUCGGGUGGUGAUUGCUAAUGGCCCUGCAUUUGGGUGUGUUUUGAUGAAGGAUUUCCUCAUGGCAUUGUCUAAGAGGCUCAAGAAAAACACCACUGCUUAUGAGAAUUAUCAUAGGAUUUUUGUUCCUGAAGGCCACCCUUUGAAAUCUGCUCCUGAAGAGCCUUUGAGGGUUAAUGUCAUGUUUGAGCAUAUACAGAAGAUGCUUUCUAGUGAAACUGCUAUCAUUGCUGAGACAGGGGACUCUUGGUUCAACUGCCAGAAACUGAAAUUGCCCAAGGGAUGUGGUUAUGAGUUCCAAAUGCAGUAUGGAUCAAUUGGAUGGUCAGUUGGUGCCACUCUUGGAUAUGCACAGGCUGUACCGGAGAAGCGUAUUAUUGCUUGUAUUGGUGAUGGUAGUUUCCAGGUGACUGCACAAGAUGUGUCCACAAUGCUGCGAUGUGGACAGAAAAGCAUCAUCUUUCUGAUAAACAACGGUGGAUACACCAUUGAAGUCGAGAUUCAUGAUGGGCCAUACAAUGUGAUCAAGAACUGGAACUAUACUGGCUUGGUUGAUGCAAUUCACAAUGGUGAAGGGAAGUGCUGGACAGCCAAGGUCCGUACUGAGGAAGAGCUAAUCCAAGCAAUUGUGACGGCCACAGGACCAAAGAAGGACUCUCUGUGCUUCAUUGAGGUGAUAGUUCACAAGGAUGAUACAAGCAAAGAGCUUUUGGAAUGGGGUUCAAGGGUCUCUGCUGCUAACAGCCGCCCUCCCAAUCCUCAGUAGUAGAUCAUAUAUAUAUUUGUUUCUGUUUCUACAUUAAACUAUCCAGUAAUCCGUAAUAUGUUUUUCGUGAUGUUUGUUCUGACCCCUAGAUAUCCUUAUCUUUGGGUGGUGUGCAUCAACUUUAUGUUUUCUUAUCUAGUACGAGAAAGAUUUGAUAUAAAAAAAAAAAAGAAAAGAGAAAGAUUUGGCUUUAUUUCCCUGUUAUUAUUUUCCUCAUCAAAGCUCCCACAAUCACAAAUUUGCUUGACGUACCGACAUCAUUUCAGAAAGGCAUAUUCAUUUUUGGAAAAAUAAUACUAAAAAAAAAUUAAGGAAGCAUUGACCACGAGUAUUCAUUUCCAAGGUGAUAGGGCAAGCAGAGAGUUUCUUCACCAGCUUCAUUUAACAGUAUACACAAACAAAAUUUUGAUGAUGAAGCAUGAUUUAUAAGCAACGGUGAUCAUGGACGGUUUUACCUGGUGGGAGCAACUAGACGGUUGUUUUGCUGUAGGUUGGCAGGAAAAGGAGCUCGACAAUUGGUAAUAUGUGAUUUCAGCCUGGGAAUGUUGGGGUGAGCACUUCUGCACCGGUGGCAACG